GCAGUUCUUCUGGUGUAUAAACCGUCCCGUCUGUCUCCAGUGUGACUCUUGCCAGAUGACAGGCAGAAGCCGCGCAGCCAGCCGAUCGCCGGGAGGCUCUCCACGGGGGCCUCGCCAGAGCCAAAAGUCACAGUGACGGCAGCUGGGCGUGUGGGCUGCGGUGUUUUUGUGAGGAACAAACGAGUUUGUGUGUGUGUGAGAGAGAGAGAGCGAGGAAUAGAAUGAGCGAGCGAGAGAGUGAGUGAGCGCGGGGCACAAACUCGUCUCGGAUAUCAAGGCGGGAGCGCAGGUGCCGUGAGAGGCGCGCACAAGUCGAGGCUUCAGUGUGGCUUGGAGAUGCUGAAGCUCGUCACGGAUACCCCGGGCUGGGCUCUCCACACUACAUCACACUCUCUCCUUCAGCGCUCAAAGGUUGCAGAGGAUGCACGACGUUAGCCUAAUUAAAAUCUCCAAGUCUGCAGAGAAAUUGGCCAGGUUUCAGAAGCCUGCGCCUGAAAGCUGACUCACUGGAGAGAAAAGGAGAAAAACGGUCCGAAGAGUGGCAGGACGCCUACUUAUAUCGAUCGGCGGACGCUUCAUAUGGGAGGAGCGGCUGAAGGAGUUUGCCCUGCCAGGUGGCUUUCUUGCCAUCUCUCCAAUGUAUAAAUUGCUACCUCCCGGUAUCCAGCUUCGAACUUUGUUUUAUGCAUUUAGUCAAGGUGACUUCGGAGUGUCUCUGCAUCCUUUGUCAACGCUCCAACUUAACGUGAGGUCGCCCUGAACUGACAAACAUGUGAGAAAUGAACUGAAGCCCAUGCAACCGAACUUGACAUGGGGACAUCGCCUCAGGAGCACCUGCGGAUAUCGGAGACAGAAAUGGAGAGUUACUACGGCUUGCUAAAGGCCGGCUCGCAACUGGAAUCGACGCUGCAGACAGAUGCUGCCUUGCCCUUGUGUAUAAAAGAAAUCAGGGAUUACAUGGAGAGUCAGAUUGCAUACCUUUCAGGUGGCAGAGGAGAGGAGUCUUCAUUUGUCAUCACUCUUCCAGAAUGUUCCAGUUUUCAUGAAGUCCCUGAAGAUGCCUUGACCAAAAUAUUGACCUAUUUAACAAUGAUUCCACGAAAACAAGAACCUGGCAUCAAAUUCAUUCUUAUCGUUGACCGGAGAAUGGACACUUGGGCAUCUAUUAAAGCCACCCUAUCACGUAUAGCGGCAUCCUUCCCUGGAAACUUGCAUUUGGUGCUGGUGCUACGGCCAACAGGAUUCAUUCAAAGGACAGUGACUGAUAUUGGAUUUCGUUUCAGUCAGGAAGAUUUUAUGCUAAAAAUGCCGGUUGUUAUGUUGAGCUCUGUCACAGACCUGUUGAGGUACAUUGAUGAGAACCAACUAACUCCAGAGUAUGGCGGCACUCUUGAAUAUUGCCACAGUGACUGGAUUGUCCUUCGCACGGCCAUAGAAAACUUUGCAGUCACAGUGAAGGAGAUUGCUCAGCAUUUACAGGCAUUUGGCACAGAAUUGGCAGAAACUGAGAUACCUAAUGAAGUCAACUUGAUUGAGGCACUCCUGGUUACACAGAAAGAAAAGUAUAAGCAGCUUAAGGAAGACAUUAGAUUGGUGAUGCGACAGGGUGGGCAGUUACUUGCCAACUUAGAGGAUUCCGGAAGUGAGGAAGCUGAUGCUGAACAGAAAAGGAAUGCCAGCCAAGACUGGGAGACUGUGCACAGGCUUCUGGGUCAGCUGCAUGAGAUGGAGACAGCAUUUGAUGGUUUCUGGGAGAAGCAUCAACUAAAACUGAAGCAGUAUCUGCAGCUGUGGAGGUUUGAGCAGAGUUUCCAGGAGAUGCAAGCUUCUCUUGAGGCCUUGUCAGCUCAGGAGAGAAGUAUCCCAACAGUUGGUGAAAGCAUUAUACAUACUGAACAGAUGAUCCGUGAACUUGGGUCACUGGAGAAGCAAUGCCAGGAUGAAAUGAGUCAGGCUCAAAUCCUUAUCCUACAGGGACACCAACUAGCGGCUAACCAUCACUAUGCUAUGGCACUUAUUUGCCAGCGAUGUAAUGAGCUGAGACACUUUUCAGACGUGCUUACAGCAAACCUAAGGGCCAAAUGGGUUGCUUUGAGCCGUUCACGGGAGUUGCAGGCUCACUUGGAUGAGGCGCUGCGAUGGUGUAAUGAAGGUGCCUACCUCCUGGCCAAUCAGCAGGUUGAUAAGUUCCAGACUAAAGAGGGAGCACAGGAAGCUCUGCGGGACAUUGAGCAUUUUCAGGAGGGAGCCCUUUCCCCUCUAAUUGUUGGUUCUGAAUUUUUGAAUCAAGAAACUGAGUCUGUACUCAGCCCUCAACUAAAGGCCCAAGUAACAGAAGUUCAAGAGAAAAUCAUGUCAGUACGUGGGAUGCUUCAGAACCGCCAGGUCUGUCUACGAAAGCUAGCUGACAAGCAAGUGCGUCCUGUUCAACUGGUAGCACCACGACCAGAGCAUCCACCACGUUCCAAAUCUCCACUAUUUUCUCCUAAACAUGGGGUGGACUUUAACUCAAGUAUCAAGUUCUCAUUUGAUCUAUCCUUGCCUGGGAAGAGAACCUCAAGAAAGAGCCCUAGCUCCAGGAAGAUUGAAGUAAUGCAUGACUAUCAGGAGACACGCAACUCCCUUUCUUUUAGCCUUGAUUGUGAAGACAGUCCUGAGAUGCAAAAACGUCAUGUAAUGAAAGAACUUAUUGACACGGAGCGAGUCUAUGUAGAAGAACUGCUGUCUGUCCUUUUGGGGUAUCGGGCAGAAAUGGAUAACCCUGCAUUGUCUCCUCUCCUGCCUCCAUUACUGCGUGAUAAGAAGAGCGUCCUCUUUGGUAACAUGGCUGAAAUAUACAACUUUCACAGCAGGAUUUUCUUGAAUGCCCUGGAGAGAUGCCUGGAGACUCCAGAACGAGUAGGGCACUGCUUUCUCGAAAGAAAGUCCAACUUCCAGAUGUAUGAACAGUAUUGUCAGAACAAGCCACGGUCUGAACUGCUCUGGAGACAAUGUUCCGAGAGCUUGUUUUUCCAGGAGUGCCAGAAGAAACUUGAUCACAAGCUUGGAUUGGAUUCCUAUUUACUCAAACCCAUUCAGAGACUCACUAAAUACCAACUUUUACUAAAAGAGCUACUAAAGUAUAGCGUAAGCAGUGAAGGGUCCAAAGAGCUAGAAGAGGCGCUUGAAGCCAUGCUACAACUACUUAAAUCAGUAAACGACUCUAUGCACCAGAUCUCCAUUACUGGUUAUGAUGGUGAUCUAGAUCAGCUGGGACGACUUCUUAUGCAGGGCUCCUUCAGUGUGUGGAUCAGCCACAAAAAAGGGCCCACCAAAAUGAAGGAUCUAGCUCGAUUUAAGCCCAUGCAGCGACAUCUGUUCUUAUAUGAAAGUGCCCUACUGUUUUGUAAGAAAAGAGAUGAACAUGGAGAGGGGUAUGACAAAACACCCUCAUACAGCUUCAAACACUACCUUAAGAUGAGUGCAGUAGGAAUCACUGAAAAUGUAAAAGGUGAUGCAAAGAAAUUUGAAAUAUGGUAUAGCGGUCGGGAAGAAGUGUACGUGGUCCAGGCUCCCUCUAUGGAUGUGAAGCUUGCCUGGCUAAAUGAAAUUCGUAAGGUGCUGACCAACCAGCAGAAACUUCUGAGAGAUGGCUCGUACAACUUUAGUCCAACCUCACAAGGAAUUGAGCUAUCACCACCUUUGUAUGACAGUAAGCGACAGAGGGCAUCAUUUAGCUCUGAAGAGAAUGAGUCUGGAAGGACAAGCCCAGUUAUGCUUGGAAGCAGUCCAGGUCACGUAGAAAAUCUCUCUCCUGAACAUCAACCUCAGCGCAGGAGCUGGUCAGGACUGUCUCACUCGGUGGAUAUUUGUGAGGGUCUAGAAGACUGGACUGUCACAAAUGACAUUUCUAACCCAUCAGACACAGAAGAGGAGGAUGAAGAAGAAGAGGAUGAGGAAGUGGGUGGUGUUCUACUGACCCUUGGCAGGUACAGUGCAAUUGCAGAGUGCAGGAGGGGUAGCUCAGAUGAUCCAAUUAUUAGGGUUGGUGAUGAUAUCCAGGUGUUACAGGAAGACCAAGGGAACAUGUGGCUAGUUAAGAAUUUAACAAAUAGAAUGGAAGGCUGGAUCCAUGGCAGCAGUUUACAGAUGGUGAUUGGGGAGAGCCAGGUUCACUCUGGAAGGCUGUCAGAUCCUGGGAAUCUCAAAACAAGAAAACUUAGUUCUCCAUAGGGGACCAAUUGACUGGGAAUGUGCACCUCUGGACUGAAGGAUUCGUGUUAAGAAGGACAACAUCAAAGCCUAAUUGAUAUAUAUUACGUGGAGUGCCCUUACACUGAGAAAAGCUGUUUUUUGGAGAGAGUUGCAAAAGUCCCUCAGAAGGCCCUUGAAGCAAGUCACUUUCUACCCAUCAAGUACCAGCAUAGCAAAUGACACAGUGUUCCUUUUCAAAAAGUGAUAUAUUCUAGUUGUUAGUGAUUCUAAACUUAUUUUUUUUAAUCAUCACUGUUCAAGACAUUUAUUUAUAUGAAUAUCCUUUAACUUGACAAGACAUUUUCGAAAACCUGACAUGACCUGACCAUGCACAACAAAACCUGUACUUUAAUAACUUUGAGGUGUACAUCCGUGAAUGGUCGUGUUGAGGUCUGACACAGUCACCGAGUAAUCAUCAUCAUCAUCAUCAAUGAGGCCAUUACUGACUGAAGAGGUUGAAGCCAAGUGCAGUGGUUGAAUUUACUGAAAAUACAUUUUGAGAACUUUUGUUAUGUUGCACUGAAAAAUAUUCUGAAAAUGUUUCUUUUUCUGUACAACCUAGAAUGUUUUUUUUUUUUUUUUACUUUCUGAUAUUAUUUAUCUUACCUGUAAAACAGCUAAGGUCUUUGAACCUGCUGUGCAACAUAUACAGUUAGACAUUUUUACAAUAUGAAGAAUGUUUCUUAUGUGAUUCAGUUUGAUGUUUGUUAGGACUGCACUGAGAGUAAUUUGCACUAUUUGAGCUUGGGCACUCCCUGCUGGAAUCUUUUACCCAGUGCAAGUCUAGUGAAUAAAGAUGCAGUCAUUACUGAUGAGUAGCAGUCUUAAGAAACAUUAGUCAAAGGCAAGUAUCUGGGCAUGGUAACGACAAUGGAAUAGUAACCAAUUGUAAUGUGAAUAACAUUUAAUUGUUUUAUUUUCUUACAAGAAGACUGUACAAUUUUAAAAUUAUAUUCUUUUGUUGAGAAAUUACCUGUUGGCAUCCAGACAUACUUGUAUUUCUGUAACUCACACUCUUUCCAAGGCUAAACACAUGUAAAUUGGUAUAAUAACUUGUGAGCCACUACACUGGAUUUAUACUAUGGAUCCCUGAUUCUCUUCUGCAGACUGUGCAAAGAAUAAACAGCAACUCAGCACUGUUUACAUGAUGAUACAGUGACAAAUGUGUCAUAGUGAUCGCAUCUGUAUGGAUACUGAGCAUGUGUCACCUACACGGCAUUGAUGUUCGUCUGAUUGACUUGCAUUUUAAUUAUUUUGACUAGAAUAUUCUCAUUAUUGGCAAAUUAAAUGCUGUAUUUUCUUAAACUAUUCCUUCCCCACAAUGGGUGAUGCUUGUACUGCUGAUUUCAAAUGACAUUGUUUACAUGCCAAAAUGGAAAUGUGCCAUACUGUUGAGUUUUAUUUUAUAUUUGAUGUUGAAAAUGUUUAUGUUAGAACCUUGCUUCUUUUCUUUAUUGCCUGAAGAGCACUUUAGUGAUAAAAGUGUAAACUAGAGUCUGCAGCUCGAUUGCUGUUGGCCAUGCGGCGGGUCCCGCUUUUUUCCACGUGGCCACAGAGCACUUUUUUUUUUUUUUUUUGCCCAUACGAAAAGGAAGUAUCUGCAGGAUAUUCUUAACACUCUUCCUGCUUUUGCUACUGAAUGGCAAUUUCAAUAAACACUUCCUUUCUGUCAACCCUUUUACAUUUGACAUCACGUUGCAUAAACAGCAUUGAUAAAAUAUUCAUGUAGAGGAUACUUUUUUAUUUCUGCCUAAUUGUUUUAUAAGAGAGUUGAUCUUUAAUGAAAAAAGUGGAAUCGUCAAUGGCAAACUGCAAUGGCCUGUUUGUAGUGCCGGGAUGAAAUAAAAAACAGUUCCAACACUGACUG